AUGAGUAACUCAAGCAGCACAAGCAGCGAUUUCAUCAUCGUUGGAUUUCCAGGACUGCAGGACUACCAGAAUAUUCUGUUCAUUGUAUUUUUGGCUCUUUUUUUGGUAAUUUUAAUUGGAAAUGUCACCAUCCUGCUGUUAGUUGUUGCCGAUCAGCGGCUCCACACGCCAAUGUAUAUUUUUCUCUGGAAUUUAGCUCUGUUAGAUGUGUUAGUGGCCGUAUCAAUCAUACCAAAGCUGCUUUCUGUAUUUCUGUCACAUAACACUUUGUCCUUUACAGAAUGUUUUGUACAAAUGUAUUUUGCGCUCUCAUUUGGAGCAAUUGAACUUUUCUUAGUAGCAGCAAUGGCUUAUGACCGCUAUGUUGCAGUAGUGAAGCCUCUGCAUUACAAUGUCAUUAUAAAUUUUAAAACUUGCUUAACUAUUAUAGCAUCUGUUUGGGUUAUGGGUGUCAUAGUAGUCUCUAUAACAGUCAUACCAGUUACCCUCCUGCCAUACUGUGCUUCCAAGUAUAUCAUGCAUUGCUUUUGUGAUUAUCCAGCUGUGAUUUCGUUAGCUUGUACUGAUGUUACGUUUUACGCUAACUGCACAUUUUCUCUUGCUAUGAUUGCAGUCUAUGGAUCCCUACUGUUUGUUCUGUGGACUUACUGUAGAAUAGUCAAUGCAGUAAUUAAACUCAAGUCUGCAGAAAGCAGGAAGAAGGCAUUUUCUAUGUGCAUCUCCCACGUGAUUGUAGUUCUGAUGUUUUACAUUUCGUGCUCCACUGUCUACAUUGGGCUAAAAAUAAAUAAUAUCUCUUAUGAUGGACGUAUUUUCAUUGGGGGCUUGAAUUACUUUUUUACCCCCAUGGUGAAUCCAAUCAUUUACAGUUUGCGAAAUGAGCAAAUAAAAGCAGCAGUGCAAAAAUAUCUGAAUUUGUAUACACUUUUUCACAGGAAGGACAAAAUAUCAUCAACAGUUCAUAGUACAGCAGCAGAAAGGUAA